UCCCACACCUAUAUAUAUGUUGUCGUUAGCUGCAAUCUCAAUAUCCCAACCCAUCGUCUUAAGCAGCAACUAAACUUGAGAACAGCAGUUUCAAGAUACAGUCAAAACACCUGCGUAACAAAGAAGAAUGGCCAAACGCACUAACUUGAUAGGUUGCUCCAUCAUUGUACUGUCUUUAUUAUUUGCAGCAACAGAGGCAACACAGUACAGUGUUGGUGGCAGCUUUGGCUGGGACAUCCCUCCCAAUCAGACCUUCUAUUCAGAAUGGGCUAGCUCCAAGACCUUCUUCGUUGGAGACUCACUGGUGUUCAACUGGACUGGAAACCAGAACGUGGCGGAUGUAACAAUGGCUGACUACAACAACUGCAGCGCCGCUAGCUCUUUCACCGGUCCCGAGAGCGGGACAGCGUUUAGGAUUACUCUGGUUCGUCCAGGGCCUCACUACUACAUCUGCACCGUCGAUGAUCAUUGUGCAAGAGGCCAGAAAUUCAGUAUCAACGUUGAGUGGCCAUUCUCUGCUGGUCCUUCAGCUCAACCUCCUCCCGUGAAUUCUGCUCCAAUCCUGUCUUAUCGCAUCUUGUCUGCAUUUCUCUCCACCAUGGCUGUCUAUUUCUUCAGCCGCAUCUAGAUUUAUAGUGAUUCAGAUAAUUAGAGGCCAGACGAGUUCUUUGUAAUGUUCGUUAAAUUAAUGUCUAAUUCUUCCAUAUGUUGAGUGUUUUUCUGGCUAGUUUCAAUAAUGGAUGUACUGCUAUGAGAAGUUUGAGAACUUAAAAGUUCAAUAAAGCAGUUGACAUUA